AUGAAAUGGUUAGAUUCUUGGGAGUCAAAAGUUACAGAUGGACUCAUAUCUUCAAAUGAAUUUUUAACCCAGCAAACAGCUGAAGGAUUAAGAGUUACAAUUAAAUCUACCAUCGAACUUUCAAAAUAUCUGUUGGACAAAUGUAAUUAUUCAUUUAAAUUUUUUGGUAUAAUCCGUCAAGUUUCUGGUCCUAACGACCACCCGUCUACGCCAACAUUUUUACAAAUGUACAGAAUGUUGACUGUAUCUUCUUCAAUAAAACCACCUAAAAGUGGUAACUGUACAAUUGAUGAAGUCCAAAAACCGGUACUUGAAAUUUGUGACUUUAAAGAGCUUAUUUCAAAUGAAUCAUUGCGUGAAGCUAAAAUUAAAAACAUGAAGAGUAAAUUAGACUUGAUAAUUGAAGAUAAAAACUGGGACUGUGAAGACAUAUUUUUAGAGCAUGAUUAUGCAAAAACCUCAGUUUUUGAAUGUGUGGUAUACUAUUUAGGAGGGUAA